AUGAAGGGUAUGUCUUUUCCGGUACUGUCGCGUAAGUGGAUUAGAGAAUGUGUGGGUAUUGUUACAGCUUCAGUUCUUGUCAACGGAAGCCCAACGGAUGAGUUUCAUUUACACAGGGACUUACGCCAGGGGGAUCCACUUUCCCCUUUUUUGUUCUUGCUUACGGCCGAGGGACUAAACAUAUUGAUGAAAGCAAUGGUUGAUAAUCAUCUAUUUAAUGGUUAUUCGGUGGUUGUGUCACACCUUCAAUUUGCUGACGAUACUUUGUUGUUGGGUCACAAAAGUUGGGCUAAUGUCCGGGCUCUUCGAGCAACACUUCUUCUUUUUGAAUCAAUGUCGGGUUUGAAGGUAAACUUCAACAAAAGCUUGUUGGUGGGAAUUAAUAUCUCUGAUUCGUGUUUGAGUGAUGCGGCUUCGAUGUUGUGUUGCAAAGUAGGAACAGUUCCUUUUAUGUAUCUAGGCUUGCCUAUUGGAGGUAAUCCGCAGAGACUCUCUUUUUGGGAUUCAAUGGAUGUUAGGGAUAAACAAGGUUUGUGGUAUCAUGUUUUAGUCGCCCGUUAUGGCGAGGUAGGUGGGAGGUUGGAGGUUGGGGGCCGAAGUGGUUCUUCUUGGUGGCAGGAAGUAGGGAGGAUUCGUGAUGGGGAUGGCGACAUGGGUGAUAAAUGGUUCAAUAAAUGGGUGUGGAUCCCGGACCCUGUUGGGGGUUACACAGUGCGUGGUGCUUAUGAUUUGUUGACAAACAGUGUUACACCUAGUAUGAACACACCUUUGGAGUUGGUUUGGCAUCAUCAGGUUCCUCUAAAGGUAUCGAUUUUUGCUUGGCGGCUCAUUCAUGAUCGUUUACCAAUGAAAGAUAAUCUGGCUAUACACGGGGUUAUACCAACAUCAGCGUCUUAUUUUGUUUCAAGAUGUGGACGUUGA